GGCAAGUUCAAAAAGUGGAUUGGGGCGAUCUUACACUUUGGCAUUCAAACUACCUGAGCAGGAAAUGGCCUGAGGUUUUUCACCUCGGCGGGUUAACAGAUGCAGUCAUGGAAGGGCGGUGCAACCACAAUGCAAAGCGGCUCUGAAACCGCUCAAUGCUUUUCCCCCCCUCCCACCUCUUCCCCAAAGGCCGCCGCGCUGCGUUGUGGGACCGAUAUUGGGCGCACGCGUAGUGCGGGCUCGGCCUGCGCUCUCGUGCGCCCCUUGCCGGCUUGGAGGUUUCACUUGCGGCGGCCCGCGGCGCUACUGAGGGUCUCUCGCAGCCCCUCACCGGGAGACAGAGGGCUUCUGCUCUUCAUGAUCCCUUAUGGGAGAGUCAAGUUUUUGAGAGGAGUCUCAACGCUGCCUGAAAUAGGAUGAACCUGUCAGCAGCCAGGACUGGCAUGGGUCUGGAUGGGCUCAGACCACAAUCUGCUUUCAUUGGCAUGAUAGAACCUUACUGAAUCUCCCUGGACAAAAUUCACCGAGCCAUUGCAUAAGCUCAAACGAACAGCUUGCAGAUUUGGAUCAGAUUCAACAGUGGAUAACACUCAUGGAAGAGUCACAAGAUUAAUAAAUAGUGCUCAGGACAACCUCAAGCAGAUUGCAAAAAUGCUGUUCGAGUCUAACAGCUGUCAGCUAGGAAUGUAGAGCACCCAUCAACUGAAUUUAAACCUGCCAACUGCUCUUGGUACUCCCGUGCACCGUUGUUACCUCCCAAAAAGUCAAGUUUGUGUUCAACAAGCAGGAAGACUAAACCAAAUGAAUGGAAAUCCCUGAGGAGGUCUUGGCCUUGAUAUUUUCCUACCUGUUGGUGUGUGAAAGGCACUCAGCCUCACAAGUCUGCAGAAAAUGGGCGGAGGCUGUUACUUCUCCUGCUGUGUGGUAUUACACUGUAGUGAGGUGUGACUCUGGAGCGGAAAAUGACCAGAAUGUGCGUGCAUGCCAACGGUUCCAGUGUCAUAUCAAAUAUCUGAAGAUCGUGUGCAAUCAGUCUUUAGAAGCAAAUCGCAAGAACUUUAUCCAAAUUCUACACAACUUGUCGGAAUCGGCAACGGAUCUGUUGGGCCUCUCCGUUGUGUGUAUUGGUGAAAACCCUUACUUCUAUUCCGGGCAAGACUUGCUGCAAAGUGUCAAAAGUGUAUUUAAAGCAGCCUCCUAUCUACAUCUCCGGCACAUUGACCUCCGAGAAAUGCCGUUCACUUUGGAUGAUGGCAUCAUCCAAAUUGUCACCAGCAGAAGUCCCUCUCUGGAGAGUCUCUUCAUCAAUAACAAGACGUUUGUGUGUAAGGUGACUUCUGAAACUCUUCAGGAGGCCCUGAGGAGUUGCCCGAACCUGUCUGCUCUGGGAUUGUUUUAUGCAAGCCUGACAGAAAAUGUCGUGGCCGAGCUCCUGAAUGCCAAGCGUCCACCAUUCAAACUCCUUCAGCUACACUGCGAGCGCAUGGAUAAAUACAAUCCAACUAUCUCAGCUGAGAUGUGGCAAGCUCUGGCGGAGAGAUACCCAACUCUUUCUGUGGACAUCGAGCUGGACCAUACAGUCCCUGCUAAGAAAAUACCCCAAAUUCUGCAGCCUACUAUCCCAGUGGCCAGCCUAGAAUUAAGUACCUUUACGUUUAUGGUGGAGCAAGUCAACUUUAUCUCUCAGAACUAUCACAACACGUUAAAAAGGAUUGUUCUGCAAACAACGUCCUCUGGAGAACUGAACCGGGCCUUGAUGAGACUGGCAUCUUGCUGCUUGUCUUUGGAAGAGAUUCAUUGCUACUGUGUGGUGUCCGUAGAUGUUGUGCAAGCUUUCAUUCUCCACUGUCCCAGACUCUGCAAGUACACACUGAAAACCUCCAAAGAGCCACACCCAUGGCUCCCAGCAAUUCUCCGAUGAACUUGGGAGUUGAGCUGCAUGACCAAAGUUGUCUUCUGACAGUGAAUAAUCAUCUAUUAAUGCUGUUCUUUUCAACUUGAAGAAUAUGCACAGGCCCUGUUUCACAGGGCACCCUCCAAGGAGAGGUCUCAAUAUUUUGAAAAU